CUGAGAAGUGACCAUACACACAGCAGAGAUGUGACUAUAGAGGAAUGAAAAGACCUUUUAAAUAGAAGAAAAGCAGUAUACACCAACAGUGUACUACUACACACACUCAGUGAGUCAGCAGCCAAGUGAUUGUUGGAGGAGGAGGAGGAUGUUUGGCCAGACAGGGAGUCUUUGUGGUCCGCUGGACAAAGAGCCGUUCUCUGCGGUCUGCGUCGGGUCACAGUGGAACAGAUCGGACUCAGAACCCAGCCGGACGCUCUGCUGCUCCGACCCGACUCCUUCCCCUGCCUGCUUUCACUCCAGCUUUCCUUCUCGUUUGCAGGGAGACGACAUGAAGCGCCGCCUCGGAUUAUUCCUGCUGGUUUGUUUUGGGAUGCUUCACGUGGGUUCUGGACUUCGCUGCUACAAGUGCUCUGAUUACACGGGCCGCUGUGAGAACGUGCAGGAGUGCACGGACGAGGACUCGUGCAUCUCUCUGAGUGAGAGAGGUGGGAAGACCAUCCGUCAGUGCAUCAGGUACACCUACUGCGAUAACUCCCGCCUCUCCCAGAUGUUCCCGGCGAUCUCCGGCUUCACCUACCGCUGCUGCAGCAGCAACCUGUGCAACUCCGGCAACGCCGUUACCACAGCGACGCCCGUCCUGGCCCUGGCGGGUUCCCUGCUGAGUGUUUGGUGGUGUUGGGUCUGAGCAGCUGCCCGUUACAGUAGUUAACUCAGGUUCUGAGGCGCCCCGGCGUCUCACCUGGUGGAGCCUCACCUGGUGGAGCCUCACCUGGUGGAGCCUCACCUGUCCAGCCUCUGUCUGCAGCUGUCACUGUCCAACACAGGCUGAAAAUAAAUUCACGUUCUGGUGUCUUCCUG